CACAGUGCUGCUUACCUGUGCGCCAAAACGCCGAUUCUGCCUCACUCGGACCGCUCGCGAUGGAGAAAAUCAGAUGAAAUAUGAUGAGGAUAUUAUUUUUCUGUGUAUCGACGAAGGGAAGAAACAGCAGAGCUGAGCCGAGACUAAGUUUCUCCAACCAGGGUGCUUUUAUUCCUAAAAGAAAAUAACAACAGCAGCAGCUCCAAGGACAAACAGGUUUUUUAAACACAUCACCAUCCCACCAUGUGCUAAUCUUCUCAGCGUUACCCAAAAGAUAGUGAACACUUUGAGCUGCCGACCUCAUCAACAGUCUUGCACCUACACCAGCUUCCCUAAUGGCCCACCCUUACGAGCCUUGGUUACGGACAGCACCACCAAGUGGCAGCUCAGAAGACAUGAACAUCCCCUCCUGGUGGGACCUCCACAGGGACGUCCAACCAGGGAGCUGGAUAGACCUGCAGACGGGGCAGGGUGUCGGCUUGCCUCCAGUGAGUCCAGGGAGCUCCAUGGGGUUGCAGCACUCUUUAGGGCCCUACGGAUCUGACCCGCAGCUGUGCACCCUGCCUCCAGCUCAACUCGCUCCAGCCUCGCACUCAUCUCACCUCUUCCCUCAGGAUGGCUUCAAGAUGGAGCCACUGGGCCCUGAAAUGCUGCAGCAAGAACCGUUCUCCUUAGAGGAACCACAGGAGAGCACUGUCUCAGCCCGGCCCAAGCCGCAGCGCCGAUCCUCUUCCAGAGGUGCUGGUCAGGCUGCAUGUCGCUGCCCUAACUGCGUCCAUGCUGAACAGCUGGGCCAGAGCACUGAUGACAGCAGGAGGAAGCACAUGCACAACUGCCACAUCCCUGGCUGCGGUAAGGCCUACGCCAAGACCUCCCACCUGAAGGCUCACCUACGAUGGCACAGCGGGGACCGGCCGUUUGUCUGCAACUGGCUUUUCUGUGGCAAGAGGUUCACACGCUCUGAUGAACUGCAGCGCCACCUUCAGACCCACACUGGUGCUAAAAAGUUUAGCUGCGCAUUGUGCCCUAGAGUGUUUAUGCGCAAUGACCACCUGGCCAAGCACAUGCGCACACAUGAGUCCCCACCAGGACAUGGGGAGGAGAGGGUGAACGGAGACGGGAGGAUGGAUAAGGGCUUUGAUACACCAACACCUCCUCAGUCAUCCUCCAAUGUGUCUGCCUCUGACACCACAGAGCCUCCGCUGAAGCUGAAAUGUGAGACAGACCCCUCGGUCUCCAGCGUGACAGGGCAGUCCGGCUAAUUUCAUCACUCUCAGAAGAAUUUUCUGCAGUUAAAGGUUGACAUAUCUCUGUCAUAGAGGUGUCAUAGUUUUACGAUAGAAUAGAGAAUAGAAAAAAGGUUUGGAGAAACAUGUACGGAUAAAAGUUGGAUGGAACAGGAAGUGUUUGUCCGUGGUCCUGUGAAUUUAUCAACUGGGAUAACUCAGUGAUAAUCUAAAUGUUAUAACACACAGACAAAAAAACAGGAAUUUUAUUAAUUCUGUGGAUAAAACAUUCCUCUGUUUACUUAAAGUGAAAGGUGGCUAAGGAGGCAACCGAGCUAAAGCUACAGCUUGUUGCUGGACUUCCAUUGCUGCUAGAGCUACUACGACCAGUAGACCAAGAGCCUGGGACGAGAUUAACUGAAGGUGGUUUGUUAACUUGUUUACAACGAAAAAUGAAUCAAAUGUGUUACUGCAGGAGUUGGAGAAACGUUUGUCUCUAACACAGUUUAAUAUACCUGUUUCAAAGGCAGCGUGCUUUUGAACAGAGAAAGGGAGACGGUUUUGUUUUUGUCUCAGACUGUCACCAUAUGUGUGUAGCCUACUGUGCAAGUUGUGAUAAGACACUGGAAUAUAAAACAGCCUUUUGUCAUUUUGAAAAGGUCAGUAGCAGUUUGGAUGGUUGACAGUACAUGCCAUAAACUGGGUGUGUGUGUUUAGUUGGUAUGUAAGUAAUUAAAAUGUUACAGAAAGAAAUGAAAGUACGACACACAAUAACACUGUGCUGUGGCAGCAUGCUAUGAUGUUGAUAAUGAUAUUAUAUUAUAUAGUAUAAUAUAAGAAAUGGGAAAACCAUGCACUACAAAGGCACCAAAAAUGGUGUGUUGCUGUUGCCACUGAUGGCAAAACACUUAUUAAUGCGUAUAAUUAUACAGUAGGAGAAUGUGAACUGUGGUUCAGUCUACCGGAUGCAAAAAACCAUUAAGUGUGACUAUGGUGUGAAAAAGUUACGAUCACAACUAACUGAACCUGAACAAUGAAAAGUAGUCAGAGCCGCUGAGGACAGUGAUGCCCUCCAGUCCUGGGAGGUGAGAACAAGAAGGUAAAGCUGAGCUUCAUGAUCACCAAAGAUGGACAUGGAGAGAAAAUGCUGCCUGGACAAAUGAAUAAAGUGUCUGAUGCUACAUGCUGAUGACAAACAAUCAUAUCUGGUAUAAACACGACCCAACAGGUCCACCCUGUCGACACUACAGCCUGCUGGUGUUGGAUGAAACUUAGUGAGGUAGUUUACUCCUGUGGACUCUGCAGUCCUAAGAUUUGAAGCUGCAAUAAUCAUUAAUGGAUCAAACUACUCACUCAUAAUGAUGAUCUCACAGAGAAUUAUCGAUCAACUCUGCAGCUCCUCUGAGUAUAUUAUGUUUCAGCAAAUUUCAACUCAUAGUUUUCUGGCCCACAACUCUACUGUUUCGGUUUGGUCUCACGACUCUCAUCAACAUCGACAUCUUUAAAGGUCCAGUGUGUCAGAUUUAAGGGGAUAUAUCGGCAGAAAUGAAAUAUAGUACGUUUUCUUUAGUGUAUAAUCACCUGGAGAUAUGUAUCGUGUUUUUGUUUUCUUAGAAUGAGCCAUUCAAAUCUACACAGGGAGCGGGUCCUUUUCUACGUGGAGUCUGCCAUGUUGCACUGCUAUGUUUCUAAAGUAGAGUGGACAAACCAAACACUGGCUCUAGACAGGGCCAUUCCAGUUUUUGCACCAGCCACCGUAGUUAGCAGCCCCUCAGUGACGAGCAGCGUUGGAAAUACACUGAUUUUUUUAAAAUGUGAAACUGCUUUAUUCAGAGUUUUUACUGGUUUAAACCACCAGUUGUUUUGAAGAGGAAGAGACCUCUGUAGGUAAUUCGACUCAUGGUAAAACCUCCGUGAACGUCUAGAUCUUAAGUUAUCAGAGAAAAAGGUGAGCACGCAUUAGCAGGUGCCUAUCUUAGAUAGCCGAACUGCAUCUGAGAAUCACUGAUUUGUAACGUGAAACUGCUUUAUUCAGAGUUUUUACUAGUUUUUAUCACAAGGUUUGUUUUGGAGAAUAAGAAUUCUCUGCAGAUAAUUCAGCUCCCGGUAAAAACUUCCUGAACAUCGAAUACUGAAGGAAUUUCAACUGGGAGAAGUUUCAGCUGGCUGCAGUAUGCAAACAUCACCACCAGAUGCCACAAAAUCCCCCUAAAUCUUACACACUUGUCCUUUAAGCCUGAUUUAUGAAAGGGUGCUUGACACUUUUGAUAAGCGUCACUCGACGGAAAUUAUAGAGCUGCACAAAGUUGGCGAAAGGGUUCAGUUGCUAUCCUACAGCUGACUUCUUUAGUUACAUUAGAUCAUCCCGAUCAUUAUAUGUAUCCCACUUUUGCAUUCUGAUAAUGGAGGGAUUGGAUGAAAUCUGUGAGUGUGAAGAGGAAUAGAUUAUAAACUUCCUUCCACUGAGCAGAUAACGGGAGCACAAGAAAAGGAGGUGAUCAGUGCAGGACAUGGACGAGGAGAUUCGUGUCUACAAAAUCACAUUGCACGACAAAAUAUGAUGUCAGCGAUUCAACAAAAUUGUCCAGGUGCACGCCAUGAAAGGAAAGUGUCCACCGACACUUUAUUCUGUUGAAAAUACCUCAUUUCUGUCAAGCAACACUUCUAAAAAGUGUAGAGCACCCUAUCCUAAAUCAUACUAUAUGCCAGUGUUGUAUGUACAGUUCUUUCUGCUGCCCUCUGCUGCCAAAAGUUGCGUACGGCUUUUCAUAUCAUAAAUGUGCAGCAGAAAAUAUUCUAGGUACGUCCCUUAAAUCCAUACCUCAGACGGUUCAGGCAGUGGUGGACGCAGAAGGUUGUCCUGCCAACACUAUCCAGGUGUACCUCAUUAAGUAGGUUAAUACAGUUCUUCCAAAUAUCAUCAGCUCGAUAACCAUUUGCGUGUUGGAUCAGGCCAUCGUCCCAAUCAUCAACAAACAUGGUGUGAAGGGCUUAUCUCUCAACACAUUUUAUUAAGAGCUGUAGGUGUGUCUGCAGUUUUUCCAAGUUCACUGACAACUCGUCUAACAAUACAUUUUUUUCCACCCAUUUGACUCUGAAUCACGUGCAGAGAGCGACUGUGUCAGCAGUCUAGUCUAGUUCAUGAAAUAAAACGCAGUUGAACAACACAAGCAUCAGAAUUUAUUUAGGUUACUUGUUUGGAAUAGUUUCAUAAUCAAUAAUAUGUGAUCAAUAGUUCUGUAGCAAGCAGUAUGAGCAGCUUCACAGUUUAAAACCUUUAGGAUGUAUGUAACCCAUCACAGGCAUUAGGCUGAGACUUCUAUAUGUUAGGGAGCUUGCAUUACUGGAGGCUCACGAUUGCUGUAUUUAUGUAUAGAAGAUAAGAAAUGGAAGACCGUGCUUAAACAGUCAAUUAUUGUGUAUUGACUAUUAUUAUUAUUAUUUUCUGUUGAUGUCAGUUUUGAUAGCCUUCCUUUAUGUUGGUCAGUAGAACAAGAUGAACAACUUUUGUUUUAAUUGGUUGCUGUAGAAAAUGUUUUAGUCGACUGUAAGAAAACAAGUUCUAAAACUUUUAAUAAGUUAAUUAUCAUGGUGUAAUAACUUGUAUUUAAUCUAUUAUUGUCCUUCAAAUAAAAAACUAUAUUC